UCUACCUGCGUCCGAUCGGGUUUGUACGGCCUCAAAUUUGGUAUACCUAGAGGUUGAAUUUAUCUUGUGUGAGAAGAAGAUUCAAGGGAGAUUUGGGGUAUUUCGUGCGUUCCGAGGGACAAAAGCGCGGUUAUUGUGCGUAGAAUCUAGAAGACAGACGUGUGUGGAUUAGACAAGGACAGCGAAGGGCAUUGACGUCGUGAAAGAGAUGAGCGCAUGACUUGUGGGCGGAGUCACGUUUAGAACCGAGUAAUAAAGAUGACUAUUUUGAAAUCUCACUCAGUUUGACAGGAUACUUUUACAAGUGAGCAUUUGUCGAGGUGGUCCAGUGCGAGCCUUCAACCUGUUCUGUGAAUUCGUUCGUUCAUUCGCGAAUUGGAGAUGGCGUUCGAAGAUAGGUUCAGCCCGAACACUGCUACAAGUCCUAGCAGUGACAGUUCAAGGAUGAAUUACCCGAACUCACCGGAAUCAUCCAGGACGCAACCUUACACUUGUCUGACUGUUCCGCAGACUCCAGAAAAGGAACAUUACAUUAAUUCCACGAAUUCUCCGACUUUCUGUGUGAAAUCUGAGCAAGAGAAGAGUUUUAUAAGGAUCACAUCCUUCGCUCUGCCCAGUCCGAAAGAUAGCGGCGCAAGGAGCGAAAACGAUUCCCCAAUAUCCUACAGGAACUCACCUUCGCCAAGCAGCAGCAUCUCUUCGUCGGGGACCAGAUCGCCGCCACCAAGCAACGAACCUACGAUCCAAACGUUGAAAUACUCAAUUUUCAACAUCUUGCAGCCAGACUUUGGAAAGAACGCGGUGCAAAAAUCGAAGCCACAUGGCAGAAUAAGCUUCAAACCGUACGAAACCAAACCAAGUGAAGAAAUUCCGAAGACUGCUCCCUUGGGUAGUUUGUGUCAGACUGUGUCUCAAAUCGGAAGUGCUAAAAGAACUGUUGAACCUGUGAAACCUGCUCUGGGUUUGGUGGCCGAAGGCGAGAAAAAAGAAGAAAACUCUGUUCCUCAGGUGUGGCCAGCUUGGGUUUAUUGUACCAGAUAUUCUGACAGACCAAGUUCAGGUCCCAGAUCUCGUAGGAUGAAGAAACCAACCAAACCCUCCAACGAGGAAAAACGCCCAAGAACGGCCUUCUCAAGCGCCCAGCUCCAGAGGCUCAAACACGAAUUCAACGAGAACAGAUACCUAACAGAACGCAGAAGACAACAGCUGAGCGCAGAACUUGGUCUGAACGAAGCUCAGAUCAAGAUCUGGUUCCAAAACAAAAGGGCGAAAAUUAAGAAGUCUUCCUCUGAAAAGAACCCGUUGGCACUCCAGCUCAUGGCCCAAGGGCUGUACAACCACUCCACAGUACCUUGCGACGAAGAUGACAUGCCUAUGAGCUAGACAUGGAGGAGAACUGCAAGUCUAUUUGAUGAAUUAACCCAGUGAAAUUUGAACUAUUUGGAAUGUUGAAGUGAUUUUUAUUUAUUAUAUUUUAUUAUUGGUUUUCUUUAUACGUGCAGUGAAAGAUCUCAUACUGUAGAUUAAGACGAAAUGUACAAACUGUUAAAUAUUUGUAAAUAAUGUAUAUAAGAGGAAUUGCAAGUCUGUGCUUGUACAUAGAGAAAUGUAGAUUAUUAUUUAUUACCGAUCAUACUGUUCCAGGAUAUUUUGUUCAGUAGUUUGUCGUCGAUGCAUGUGUUUUCAAUUAUUGAAUGUGUUGAUGCAUAAAAAAUUAUAACUUUUGCCAGAUUAGUUAAGAAUUAGACUGAAAUUUUAUAGGCUUAAAAACAUGUGCAAUGUCAAGUAAUUAUCUGAACGAUUCGUGUAAACAAUAAAUUAUUAAGAAUU